AUGCUGCUCCUGGUCAGCGCCCUUCUCUCCGGGUGGGUGUCCUGGGCUCACGGACAAGGAAAAACUUGUGACUUUCCGGAAAUACAACAUGGAAACAUAUAUGAGGAAAACAGAUAUAAACAAACCUUAGCAGUUGCUACGGGAACAUAUUUCUACUACUCCUGUGACCACAGCUUUGCGUCUCCUUCACACUCACUCUGGACCCGAAUAAGCUGUACAGAGGAAGGAUGGUCACCGACACCCAAGUGUCUCCGACAGUGCUUUUUCCCGUGGGUGGAAAACGGUCAUUCUACAGCUUCAGGACAAACACAUCAGGAAGGAGACACUGUGCAAAUCAUCUGUGAUGAGGGCUACAGCCUCCCCAACAAUCAGAGUGGCAUCAGGUGUGCCAACAGUGGCUGGUCGACCCCUCCUGUGUGCAGUCCUGUCUAUUCAGAAAGAAAAUGCGGGCCUCCUCCUUCUGUUAGGCACGCGGCCAUUACCACAAUCCCAUUCGAGACCUAUGCUCCAGGAUCUUCGGUGGAGUACCAGUGCCAGUCCAACUAUGAACUGCAGGGAAACAGGAGAAUAACAUGUCGGGAUGGAGAGUGGUCAGAACCACCAAAAUGCUCAGAUGCAUGUGUAAUAUCAGAAGAAAUUAUGAAAAAACACAACUUACAGUUUAAAUGGUCAUCCAAGAAGAAAAAUUACUCUAAAACAAGUGAUACUGUUGAAUUUGACUGUCAAGCUGGGUACCGCAGGGCGUCACCACGAGCUCUCUUCCGAAUACGAUGCAGGGAAGGGAAACUGACGUAUCCCACUUGUGUAUAA